GAAACAUAUUCCUAACUGCACAAUUAGACAAGUGGUAGUUUUGAAAAAGCUCUUUUACUGUUGUACUGUAACCAGAACUUCUGAGAUUGAACUGCUUAAAUUCGUGUUCUGUGCUGAUGGUGUUCAACUUCUGGCCACACUGGUCUCCUCUCUGUACAGAUUCAUCAUUAAGGAUUUGGGGGAGAUAUUUGCAUUGCACUAAGCUAGUUAGUACCUCAUGCAGCUUUAUUUGGCAAGUAAAGAAAGAUUACUAUUGGUUAAUCUGAAUACGGUAUCUCUAGCUAGGAAGUGGGUUAGUUUCAGCAACACUGCAUCGGUACAUAUUGCAUAGAACUUAUUCUUCGCGACAGACCUUCCUAGGCCUUCGACUAAAGUACUAUCGGCUUCAGUACUCUCGCUAGGCAAGGACGUACGCGAAUCGACUAACGUAACUUCUGAAAGUUGACGGUAUCGCGGAAAUAAAUUAUCCUAAUCCGUGGUUCUUUUGAAUUCGCGGUAAUAUCAGAACUCGAAAAUGCGAGCGCUAUUGAUUGUCUACCUUUUGUGUGUUGUAAGGGCAGAACCGCAACUAUGGGACUCUCCUAAUUUAUUACAUUCGUGGUUCAGGCAGGCUAGAAGCGAUUUGAAACGAGAUUUAACAACAAAACCGCCGAGUUCAAUAACUACUACAAAAAAAAUUCAAGAAACUACUAUUCCACUAUUAAAAUCGGAAACAGUAACUAAAUUACCGAGUACUUUACCCUUUUACACGGAAACAACCCCCAAGAAAAUCAAUUUGAUCACCUCAACUAUAUCUUCCACUGAUGGAAGUACUAUAUACGAUACGACGGUUAACGAUUUUACGGAAACCACUGAAGAACCAAGGGAUAACAGCAGGAACCACGAUUUUUAUCUGAGUAAGAGGGAAAGGCCGCAAAUAAAAAUAUCAACUAAUAUAAGUCAGAAUCUACUGCCAUUACCAGCAGGUGCGAGUGCGGCUUUGGUGAAACCAACAAAAUACCACUAUUAUCCACACAAUCAACAUAUCUACUUAUUACCAGAAUGUGCUAUUCAACAGGUGUGUAACGCAGUGUACAUUAGACUUAAUUGGACCCAGCCUUUAUGUGCGUGCCCAUCCAGAUACAGAGAUCCUUGCUCAGCCUCUUUGAACUCUGAUGAUCAACAUACUACAGAACUUAUGACAGACAGAAACUCACGAAAAGCAUUAACGCUAGUAAAAACGUGUGAACCAAUUGCCGAGAUGAGAUUGUGCAGAUCUCCCCGAGACUGGUCCCUUUUAGCUCUUCAAAAUAUUCGUAGUGGAAAAUCUCAUUAUCUCGUAAUUUGUAGAUGUCCUGAUACUAGUAUUUUAGAGGGGCCUAUGUCACAUGAUCAACCGACUUACGCUAGCGUACCAGGUAUUAGGGUAUUCGGUAUGAUGUGUGUGGAUGGACGAAAAGAUCGACAAGCUAGGAAACAGAAGAGCCUCGAAACACCUCAAUUUCCUUGGGAAAAAGCUAUAGAAUUAGCAAGAACUGCCUUAUGGGACUGAAUUUUAGAAUUAUUAACAUAACCUAUGUAUUUUGACAUUUUACAUUUUAAAAAAUCUUAAAGACACGUAUUAUUAGUACUAAAUAGCAAUAAUAUGAAGCAUAUCUUCCAGAUUUAAUUCUCUAGUUGCCAUUAUUGCCACUUAUUUCAACAAUAAUUGAUGAGACAGUUCCAUUUGUUUAAUUCCCAACUUCUACAAUCAAACCUAUUUUAAAAUUCCCUAGAUUAAACUAAAAAACCCUAACUUUGGACGUGACAUAAUAAUUAUUGAGUGUAUAUAACAAUUUCUGAAAAACGUUUGCUUUUAUUUCAAUAAUACUUAAACAAAUAAACAAAGAGAGCGAGGUAAACUCCGUGAACAUUUAUAAAAAAUAUAACAGUCAACGAUCCACUAAUGUCAAAACAGAUCAUUUCUUUUUGCGGUAUAGAAAUAGAAAAUUCAAAAUCCAAGUUGUAGGUAUCAAAACCUUUUCAAAAAUUCUCUCGCUUAUCGCAACAUAUUUGAAAUUACCUAAUCUCCAAAAAACUACACUGGGCAUACAUUUCGACCCAUUAGUGGAUUCCGCAGUGAAAAUUUCAACAACUAGUUCGACUUCAAGCAACAUUGUAAAUUGUAAAUUCACGUACCAAUAGUAAUGUAACUUCUUUUUCACUUCAAAUUAAUAAUGCUCACAGUUGUACUAUUACAAAAUGAAAAUUGAUAAAAUUUGUGUCUGACUUUUUUUAAGUCUACGGACGUAGAAAAAAUUGUAUAUUAAACUCGUAAGUAAAGUAACUUUUUUCACUCGUAGGAAUUUGUCAAACCGUCCUACUCAUGAAAAAAAGUAUUACUUUACUAAUUUGUUGCAUAAAUAACUAUUAUAUUACUUUAUUUUUGAAGUAACCAACAAUCACGUUUAUUUUACAACAAAUUUCUAUACAAUUACGAUGUUUAUAUGUCCAAAAGUACAAAAAUCACAAGCCUCAAUAACCUAUUAAUUACACUGCUUAUAAGAAUUAAUCAUAGAUAACCAUAUAAGGAGAAUUAAUAAUUUUUAAAGGUAAUUGCCUUUCCUCCCGAUAAACUAAAGUAGAAAGGAUCUUAUCAUAUAGCUAUGACACUAUUACUUCGUUCAGUGCCCGACACUGACCACUAGUUACCUUUGAAUUAGUGAACGGGAUCCGGAUUACUUUCUGAACAUGGCCGAGUUAAUCCGUUAAUAGUUUCCGAAAACCCCUUUCAUUGGAACAUUAAGAGAAGAGGAAUGAAAUAAUAUUUUUUCCUCCGAAUUUCCAAUGAUUUGAUAGAAAACACCCAUGUUCGAAAUUUACUCCGCACUUGUGGAAAUGUGUUUAAAUUCCGAAAAUUAAUGAAUAUUUACAUGUCCUUAGAUAUUUUUGAUAAUAAGUGACAUCCAUGCUAAAGCUUCCGGAAGAAUAAAGAUUAAAUGUUAUAAAAAACUAUAUAUUUUUCAAAAUUGAGUUUUUUUGUCAGAAAUUCAAAUUUUAUAAAUCAAAGGGGUUUCAUUUAGGUUAAAUUAAUUAUUACUAGGUGUUGAUUCAGUUAGUAGCAACCAUUUUUUGUAACUUUAUACGAGGUGUCUCAAAAGAAAGUUCACAUUAAAAAAAAACAAUUUCAAGAAAAGUAAAAAGUUUAUUGACAAAAUGUUUUGUUUCAUAUUGAAAUACAUUGCUUGGGAAUUCAUUUCUUAAAAAUAAUAUCGUUAAAUAGACAACCGGAGCAUGAUGUCACGGCCGUUAUAUUGAAAUAGUUCACUUUCCACACAAAAAUUUGUGAGGUAGUGUGUGUUUUUAAAUAGUAUAUUAUGUAACAAGAGUUGUGAGUAACCCAUUACGUACGAGGUGAAAAAUUUUAUGCACGAAGCCGCGCAGUAAAGUACUAUACUUUUUCUGCGCCCAUUCAUAGCAUGCUACUAAAAAAGGGGCCUAUUUCUAAAGAAAUUGUAUAAUGUGCUGCCUACAUUUAGGAGCAUCACUCGAUCAAUCCUAAAUAUAUCUCGCUAAUACUAAAAGUUUUUGUUUUUUAAUUGACUAAAUUUGUGUAAAUAGACCAAAUAAAAUCUUACGUAAAUGAAAAUUUGAUUGUAAUUUAAUUAGACCAAGAAGUUUAACUUUUCUUCUCAAAAAGCAUGGGCGUAGAAAAAGUUAUUUAAUUAGUUCACUGUUGUAUAAGAUAGUAAUUUGUUUUGUUUGUUGAAGGUAUUCUUUUGCAAAAUUUUACAACAAAUUUCUAUACAAUUACGAUGUUUCUAUGUCCAAAAGUACAAAUAUCAUAAAUCAGUCAAACGUUAACGCAGUUAAAACUUUGUUUGGAAAGUUAUCCCUGACUUGCGCCAACAAUGGCGGUGUGUGACUAAUUAACUAAUAACAAAACAAGAAAUAAAACAAAAGCUUCAAGAGGUUAUGUUAUAAUUUGCAGGUUAUUGAAUUUUUUAGUAGAUUUCUAACUGAUUUACAUUUACAAGUAAAAUCAAAAUAUUUUCUGCGGCCUACAGAAAAAAGUCCAUGGGUAUUAAAUCCAUACUGCUUGUAGGCCAACUUAUUUUACAUCUCCUGUAGGUCAAUUUACCAGAAAAAAUUUCACGUACUCGUAGCAGAGAAAUUUUGGACGUGUGUGUGUGAAGUUACUUCAUCCGGUACCAUGUUCAGGCACGAAGAUUUCGUCUAACAUCUGCCAUUCAGCCCUGAAUUCACUGUAACUGCCCUGUGCGUCGUAUUUCAUAUUCAAAAAAAGUCUAUUAUUCCUCGCGCUAGCAUCACAACCCUUACAGUCAGUUUGUGUUUUGGAUUGGUUGCACUGCAUUAGCGGCAAUUUUGCUUGUUGACGUGUCCAUUAAGAUGAAAAUGAGCUUCAUCCGAAAACAAAAUGUUGAAAAGCGCCCAAUCAUCUGGUUUAUGAAGUCAAGCCUCUGACCAACGUCCUAAGGCCUCAAUUUUCAUAUAAUACGCAAUUAGAAAAGUCAGACUCAUUAGGAACACUGUUUACGUAGGUAUUCGACCGUUCUAGACGACCUUGGAUGUCCGGAUUUUGGUUUAUCCAGUCUCUUCAAACUUCUCGACACAUUUUCUAAUCGCUCGAGCGCCUAGCGCAUGAUUUAAGUCACGAAUUUUGCAAAAUUUUCGGUUGACAUACCUCCAGCGCCUCUCCGAAUAAUUGCGUUUGCGCAGUAAGCAAUUACAAAGGUGAACUUUCUUUCAAAACACCUUGUACGUUUAUGUUUAAUCAAUCCUAGUAACAAAUUCCAUCACAAUGCAUGCUUAUAAGAUUUUUUAAAUGUAAUAAACAACUGUUUGCUCGACUCAUAUUUUCAAUAAUCACUCGAUCGUAAUCAUAUUUAUUUUAUUUAUAAACUUAGUAUUAGCUUUUUAGGCCGGAGUAGCGAUUAUGCUGCAGUUUACAUUAAUACAAAAUGACGUUAGUGGUCAUUUUCUUAUUAUUUAUUUGACAUACGUUGCCGAAUUCUUCGACAUUAUUUAUAAUCGCAGCUCACAAUCGACUGUACCAAGAUAGAAUCCAUAUAUUAGUCACUUUAGGUUAAAAAACAUUUCUUAUAAUAAUUAGGGGUGAUAAGAAAAAAAGUAAAUCAUCGUCUUGGAAGUCAAUAGGCGUAAUCUACAAAUUGUCAAAAAUACCAAAAACAAUAGAAGUGUCAGUUGGUAUGGGCAAAAAAACGUCCCUACGUAAUGGUGCUGACAAUUUUCAUUUUCUCUCUCGUUCGAGACACUUUAUCUAUAAUGCGCAUGCUUGAGAAUGCGCAGAACCAAGCUGAAACCUCGGAGGAUAGAGAAAUCGUUAGUAUUCUGUCUUCCUUAGUCGGAACAGCUUCCACUUAUAGAAACUGUCCAUAUAGGAGUAUUACAUAUAUGCAGUUGCAUUAAAAUGUCUUAUAAGUUUGAAAGAAGAGUAGGCUUCAUAAUUUGGUUGGAUAGAUCUCUGAGCUUUUUGUAAAACCAAAAUAUUUUACGCAGAAGUAUCUACCGUGCUAUAGCUGAAUGUGAAUACCCAGUAGCUAACCCCAGUGAGUUCCGAAUUGUAUGUUAUGCAGAUAUUGCUGUCCUCAUAGAAGUAGAGGAAGACAAAUACUUUUUAAAAAAUGCAAGUACCCUACUAUGCACUAAGUUUCCAGAGUUACCCUUAAUUUUGGAAAUUCUGAACUCAUAUACUUAGCUUUUUAUCAUUGAAAAUAAAUGAACUACAAACCAAAAACUUGAAUUUUAUAUGCCUUAAAAUGUUUGGCCACGUUCCCUCUGUUUCAAGAUAUUGUGGAUUACGUCUAUCAACUUCCAAGGUGGCGAAAUGAAUUCUUUCAAAUACUUUGGCAGAAAUGAUUUUUUUAUUUAACAAAAAUGUGUAAAAAAGAUUAGUUUCACUGUAGGUGUAUAAAAAAAAUGGAAAAAAGUACAAUUUUUUUUAGUCGAUUGAAUUCAAACAAUGUAGUUGAUAGUUUUAGCUAAAUUAUUAUCAUGUAAUUAUACUGCCAUGUCUUAUUGGUAUUUAGUUAAAAACUGCAAUAAAUUACAACACAAAUGGGAACAUUUAGUGUAGAAUAUAUUGGAGCUAAUAGUUUCUAACGAUGAUUUCCAUCCCAAGAAAGAAACUUUUACUUAGUUAACAUCUCAGAUUCAAUAAUUUCAUCCAACCAAAGAUUCAUCAGUUGUAUUCUACAAUAAUGUUUUACAUUUGCGUUUGUAUGAGCAAACUAAGGAUAUUUGUAGUUAAUAAAACGAUAAAUCAAAAA